AACUAAAGUGUGGAUCAAUUGGUGAUCAAAUUUACAAUCUUUGUGUAAUAAUUAUAUAUUUUUUUGCAAUAAAUUUAUUAAUUUUGUGAUAAAUUAAAUGACAGACAAAUUAAACAACGAAUUGUCAGACCAUUUGUCUGGUCUAUCUCUAAACGGAUCGACACCAAAGUCUUCAUUGAUUACUGAUAGCGAUGGACACAAGUCUGGAUCAGCUCAACGAAACAGAAGUCGUAAGAAGAAAGUACAACAAGAGGUUAAAGAGAGACCAAUUCUGGUGUCGGAUGUCGUCGGAUAUGAGAAACAAAUCAACGCAUUAAGAGAUUUAAUUGAAUUACCGCUGAGGAAGAGCGCAUCCAUACGCAAAAUGUGUGCACUAUUACCGAAAACUGUGAUGAUUUUUGGACCGACGGGAACCGGGAAAACAAUGACAGUUAAGGCCUUCUGUCAUGAAUUGAAUCAACAGAUGUUUUGUCUUCACAUCAAUUGCGCCACAAUUAUAGCCAAGAGUUUUGCCAUUUCAGAGGACAACUUACAGACGAUAUUUACGAACGCUAUUGAAAUGAGUCCAAGUCUUGUGGUUUUAGACAAUAUUGAAAUGAUUUGUUCCAAUAGAAAGUCGGCCGCAGAUCAAGAAAAACGAUUGACAGCUAUCUUGUGCUCAAUUCUUGAUGAUCUUCCUAAAGAUAAACACAUUGUUAUUGUUUGUGUAACCAAUAAACCAGAUCUUAUUGAUACCAGUCUUCGACGUCCCGGACGAGUGGACAGAGAAAUUGAAUUUCCAGUUCCCGUUUCGACCGAACGGAAAGUCAUUUUGAGAAAAUUUUUAACCGAAAAUAAUAGUAAUAUCAGUGAUAAUGUAUUAACUGAUUUGGCUCAAAGUGCCCAUAGUUUUACCGGCGCUGACUUAGCUCUCACCUGUCGUGAAGCGACGCUAAUUACUCUUAAAGAUAACCGACAUAUUGUUAGUGAAAAUGAUUUAAAACAAGCAUUUAAACUGAUCCGACCAUCAGCUAUGAGAGAAAUCACUUUAGAAGUUCCCAAUGUAUUUUGGACAGACAUCGGUGGUAUGCAUUCUGUGCGCAAUAAAUUAACUCAAAGUGUUGUUUGGCCGCUCACUAAUCCCGAAGCAUUUGAAAGACUGGGAAUUGAAUCGCCUAAAGGAGUGUUAAUGUAUGGACCGCCCGGUUGUUGCAAAACAAUGAUUGGCAAAGCAUUAGCCACCGAAAGUGAUCUCAAUUUUCUGUCAAUAAAAGGUCCGGAAUUGUUCAACAAAUGGGUCGGUGAGUCUGAAAGAGCCGUUCGUGAAGUAUUCCGCAAAGCGAAGGCUGCUUCGCCAUCAAUAUUAUUCUUCGAUGAAAUCGACGCUUUAGCUGCCGAACGAGGAGUCGGUCAGAGCACUGUUGGUGACCGAGUAUUAGCUCAACUAUUGACUGAAAUUGAUGGCAUUGAAAAACUGAAUGGUGUGAUCAUUGUUGCGGCCACUAAUCGGCCCGAUAUGAUUGAUAAGGCGCUGCUGAGACCCGGACGACUCGAUUCAAUACUAUACGUGCCAUUACCUGAUCUGCAGACCAGACAUGAAAUAUUGAGAAUAAGAACCAGAAAAAUGCCGCUAAAAUUUGAACAAUCAAUUGAUGACACACUUAAACUUUUAUCACAAAAAACUGAUGGAUAUACCGGAGCCGAAAUCACUGGUGUCUGUCAAGAAGCUGGUCUUUUAGCACUUGAAGAAGAUAUCAAUUGUAAAUUUGUUGAAUUAAAACACUUUUUAUCGGCUUUAGAGUCAAUAAAGCCGAGAAUAUCUCACGAAACGAUUGUGUUUUACGAGAAAUAUAAAAAUGAAAUCAAU